AUCCCGCAACCUCCACGGGCAUCCUUCGACCAGCCGAUCCCCGCCGCGGCAGCCAUGUGUGUCGAGAGGCUCCGCGCCUCCCUCAGCCUGAUGGCCCGUCGGUGCUUCAUCCUCUAUCUCGGCGUCUCGGUCUAUCUUGCCCUCAAGCUCACCCAGUUUUCGCUGCGCAACCGUACCGGCCCGCUGGACCAGGCCCACCGCGACCAAGUGUGGAUGCAAUCCCACGAGCGGGAAGCCAAGCGCAUCUACCAAGCCAUCGUCCAUCUCCAGGGCCUGUGGAUCAAGGCCGGGCAGUAUCUCAGCACCCGGAGCGACUUUAUGCCUACUCCGUUCGUCCAAGAGUUCCGCCAGCUGCAGGACUCGCUCCCCCCACGCCCCUUCGGCGUCAUUCAGCACUCGGUGUGUGCGUCGCUCAGAAUUGCUCGGCUCUCGGAAAUCUUCAAGGAGUUUGACGAGGAGCCGCUGGCCACGGCGUCAAUCGCACAGGUGCAUCGAGCCGUGCUUGCCGACUAUCGUGGCGGGCACACCGUCGUUGUCAAGGUCCGCCACGACAACAUCGAGGAGAGAAUCCUGCAGGACCUCAAGGACCUCAAGCUCAUCAUCAAGGUGGUUGCCUUCCUGGAGCCCAAGUAUGACUUUGGCCCGAUCGUCUCGGAAUGGACCCAGGAAGUGCCCAAGGAGCUGAACUUUGUCAACGAGGCCAACAACACCAUCGAAAUCAGAGACUCGAUUCUGCGGCACAAUCGCAACUACGAGCCGAGCCAUCCGCUCUAUAUCGACUGCGUCUUCUCCAACCCAGUGGCCUCCCUCACGACCUCGGACAUCAUGGUGAUGUCUUUCAUUGAUGGACAUCGACUGCUCGAUGUCAAAGCCCAUUUGGAGCACCGCGUCGACACAGAUGAGAUUGUCAAGCAAGUCAUCCGCGCAUAUGCCUUCCAGAUAUUCGUCAUUGGAUUCUGGAACUCUGACCCACAUCCGGGCAAUUUUCUCGUCACACAAGUCGACGGGCGCUAUGUCCCUGCUCUGCUAGACUUUGGUUUGACCAAGCGAGCGACAGAGAAGGAGGUCAUGGCUUUAUCCCGAAUUCUCCUUUCGGCCGGAAAUAUGGACUUUUCAAGCCUGCUCUCUGGUCUGCAAGAACUGGGGUUCCGUUUCUCGAUCGACGAUCCGGAAGGCGCCAUGGAGGCUGUCCGAUACAUCUUCCGCAAUUCAGACGACAAUGGCUGGGCGACAGAGUCUCCGAAGCCACGAUACGGAAAGCGUCCUACACAAGAAAGCGCCGACGUUCACGAGCUUCAAAAUCAAAGCUCGCGUGAGAGUCUUAUUCCAAACGGAAAGAAGGCCAAGAAGCGGUUUGGUUCUUCAUGGAAGCUCAAGCGGCGACGCAGAAGGAGGCGCCACCAGAACCUCGGCCUGCAAGCCUUUCCUGGCGUGAUGGUGUUUUUCGCCAGGGUCAUCCAGCUCCUUCGAGGACUGUCCAUUACAAUGGACUCGAAUCAAAACUACAUGGACAUCAUGGUUCCGUUUGCGAAGCGCCACAUCGAAAUGAAGCUGGACUCUGAGACGGCGCUUUACGGAAACCUGUCGCGGCCGUCGCUGUGCUCGCCCAGCCCGCUGGAUGAGAGGCUCCGAGCCAUUGUCCGGGACAUGAUCCAGACGCAAGACAUCAUCGGCUGCCAGAUAUGCGUUAUGCAAGACAACGUCCGAGUCGUCGACAUUGCAGCAGGCAUCCAGGGCUCGUUCGAUCCCACCGCCGUGAGCCACGAUUCGCUGUUCCCCGUGUUCUCAUGCACCAAGGCAGUCGCUGCAGCGGCCCUCCACCUGCUCGUCCAGCGCAGACUGGUCAGCUACGACGACUAUGUUGUGACGCACUGGAAGACCUUUGCGCGCAACCUCAUCGAUCCGUCCUUUGCGAGCCUGAAGGAAACAACCAAGAUCAAGCACAUUCUCAACCACACCUCUGGUCUCGAAAACGCCGGAAGCGAGCUGUUUGCCCAGGACCCCUUCAAGAUCGCUGACUGGAAACUGAUGAUCGCUGAGAUGGAAAGAGCCAUUCCGGCGAGCGAGCCCGGCACACACAUGGCAUACCACUAUCUGUCCUUCGGAUGGCUUGUGGGCGGCAUCGUGGAAUCCGUCACAGGCGUCUCCUUUGGCGCAUUCCUGAAGGACGAGAUCCUCGACAAGAUCGGCAUCACAGACCUGGGAGGAUAUGUCGGCAUCCCCACGGGAGUCGAGUCGAGACUGGCGUCGGUAGAAUGGAAGCUCGAAGAACUUCAGACACUGCUCAAGAACAUCACUGGCCAAGACGACCAGCAGAAGGACAGUAAGACUCCGGCAAGCCCUGGUUCCAAGCCGGAAACCUUUCAGACUGAGCUUCCCACAGACGAGUUCACCGAAACCAAGAAGCACUUCCUUGAGGAAAUGAAGAGGAUGCCCGGCUCGGUCUUCGACCCGCAGGCCUCGACUCGCUUCCCGGUUGACGAAAGCCCUGCCACUGAGAGCCCGCUUGAAUCGCUGGAAGAUAAGAUGGGAGAGCGGCUCGAAAGCAUCGCUGAGCUCGCCGAGUUCGCUAAACAGCGACAGGAUCGGCUGGAUGGGUCGGCCGCACCCGUUCGACGGCCGCUUGGCCUGCAGCAGCGCGACAUCAGACUUCCUGCGUCUGUUCGGCCCGUGACUCCAAAGCAGCCCGGACCCUUGAUCCAGAUUGAUAUCGAUCGCCGCUAUGGCCUCGAUAUCGAAGAGCCAACAACGCUUCGUCGGCAGAUCCAGCCAAUGUUUGGAUUCAAGAUCAAUCCGAUGGCGUCGAAUCCUGCGUUUUUCAACCAUCUUUACAUCCGCCGAGCGGUGAUUCCGUCGGCCAAUGGCAAUUUCUCGGCUCGGGCGCUGGCUCAUUUCUACCACCACUUGGUCGAGUGCUGCCAGCAUGAUGGACGACGCAGAGAAGCCAGCACCUCAGCAAGAACUAGACUCUUCAGCCGAGAGACCGUCAUGAAGAUGAAGAUGGGCGACGACGAGACUGGCGAUGGCUUUGGAUACGGACUGCGGCGCUACGAGUUUUUCGAUGGAGAUCCGCCGUCGCCUCGCCAAGAUGCGUCGAGCAAUGCCGGUCCAAGCCCCAAGUUCACGGCAUUCGGUCACAGCGGCAUGGGUGGCUCCAUCGCCAUCUGCUGCCCGGAGCUGGGCGUAUCCAUUGCGAUCGUCGUCAACAAGCUCAGCCUGGUGAACGGGCGGGUGACCCAGACCCUACUCGAGACCAUCGGCGAGCACUUGGGCAUGGGUCGCCCGAGAUUCCGCGGGUUCGGAAGCGACGACGAGUCGAAACAUGGCCUCGACACUGGCAUCAACCCGCUCUACAUGUGAUGAUCGCCAUCCCAGCCCCAUACCGCUCCGCGCUCCUCCCACACGCGGACUCUAUGUCGAGGGCGAGAGAUUGCAAUGCCGCCUCUGUUGCCCUCAGCCUGUGCUAUGCCUUUCUAGAUCCCUGUGGCGCCAUAGCUGCGAACACUGGCGCCAUCACCUGCUCGUUUUUUUCAAUCUUCGACUAUGUUUGCCUAUAGACGUACAAUUACCCACCCAAGAAAUAAAGAAUGACGUGUAUUUGAAUGGAU